UCGCAGGAUAAUUGAAAAGAGGUAAAAAAAAAAUUCGACAAAGAAGAGAUAUCACACACUAGCCUGCUGUUGUGAUCUAUUAAAUUUUUUCAAGAGGAAUUGAAUCUAAAUCUUAACCAUGGGAUCUAAUGUCAGCGUAGAGGAUCACAACGAGGCAGUCUUUAGAAGUUUAAAACCUGGGGACAUCGUCAAGUUUGACCGUGGAUGGUACAGCCACUACGCUCUCUAUAUAGGUAAAGGUAAAGUGAUCCACCUGACGGCCCCAGACAACGGUCACGGCAUUUCCAGCAACAUCCGGUCACGUCACGUGGCAUCAGUGGCCAGUGUUCCAGUGGACAAGGCUGUUGUAGCAGAAGGUGAUUUUUUCUUUGUGGCAGGCCACGACAGGGCUUACAAGGCCAACAAAGAUGAGUGGCCGAGUUUUGAUGAGAAAGAGGUGUUGAGGAAAGCCAAAUCGAUGCUUGGUGAGACUGAUUAUCAUCUGCUGACCAACAACUGUGAGCAUUUUGUCAAAAAUCUCAAGUACGGCAGGAAGGAAAGCGAUCAGGUUCAGACAGCUGCAGGUGCGACAGGUGUGGGGACGUUUCUUUUUAUCGCUGGAGCCGCGACUGCCAUCAUAGCAUUGACGGUACAGAGUUCAAAGAACAAGGCCCAGCGAUCAUAAUUCAUUGCCCGAUCACACUGAAAGUCUAACAAUUAAGGCUGAGUUCUGAUUUGAGCUCACUGAAAGGCGACAAUUAAUGCUUGAUGAUUCUAGUCUGAUCGCAAUAAGCUUAUAUAAAGUAAUGAUAAACUACUGAUUUGAUCGCACUGAAAAUCUGAUAAUUAA